AUGUCGAAGCUCUCAGAAGCAGCGCGGCUUCGAACAGAAUUUGGGGUACAGCUGCGGCUUCUCCGCGCGGCUGGUGCCUGGACACCAGGGAGUGGCGGUGUGGUGCAGGCGGUUUACGGAUGCUACUGUGCGUUCAUCGUGGUUUCGCUGGUGGUGUUCGUGGUUACCCAGGUCUCCGCCAUUCUGCACUUCUGGGGCGAUAUCAUCAGCAUCACCAACAGCGUCUGUGUCACCUUCGUCUACAUCCUGGCUAUCUUCAAACUGGUGAUCCUCCUCAAGAUGCGUCGCUUAACAGACGAACUCGUCGAGAAUCUCGACAGAUGUAUGGAGCGCUAUGGAAGCACAUUUGAGCGAGAAAAGGCGUUCGUAUUUGGCGAGUGUGCACGCAGAGGCCGCUGGAUUUCUCUAAUGCAAGCGUGGAUGGGACUAUGUUUGUACGUGGCCUGGGAAGUGCAGCCUAUGUUGCGAGUGCAGAGCUGUUCCACUACAGAGUGUCGCAGCCAGAGUGGCUUCCCCACCGUCGUCUGGUACCCGUUCUCCUUCACGGAGCCACCUGCCUACCAGGUUGUGUUCAUUGUCGUGUCCACGGGCCUGUUCUACGGCAACAUUAUCUCCAUCACGGUACACAGCACGUUCUGCACUCUCAUGAUCUACGUGGCUGGCCACCUGCGCAUCCUCAACCUAAUGGCGAGGAACUUGUGCAGCACCCAGCAGUACGAUAAGGCAACUGGCGAUCACAAACAGCGCAACAGGUGUGAUGCAGAAGAGCGAAUGAGAGAACAUCUGAGGGAGUGUGUGCGCUACCACAUCGACAUUGAGAGGAUGGUUCAGCAGCUGAGUAAGCUGGUGGGUCCCAUACUGCUGGGAGAGUUACUCGCUGACAUGAUCACCGUCAGCGCCAGCGCCUUCAUCACCACAGCCCUGGUGAGUACCAGCUACCAACCACUGUCACUUAACAGUAGGUGA